AUGCGGGCCGAAAAGUCCUCCACCGAGCCGGCUAUCACGGCCGCCCCGGAUGCUGCGCCGACGACUAACCUUCCCGCCCCCGUCCCUCCAACCACCAGUAAUCCUGUUCACCGUGAUGAGGCCGACGAAAAUGGCCGGUCACCCGUCCGUGCCGGAGGUGACGAGGCUCUUGCCAUGGUCGGCGAGCAGCAGCACGCCUACGACGAAGCCGUCGCCUCACGCGCCGUCCGCAAAAUCGACUGGUUCUUCAUGCCCGCCAUGAUCUUCGGCUACGGCCUGGUCUACUACGACAAGGCCAUCCUCGGCUCCGCCGUCCUCUUCGGCAUGACGGGCGACCUGGGCCUCGCCGUCGUCACCGACCCCACCACCACCCCGCCCACCAUCGACACCACCCGCCUCUCCUGGGCCACCUCCAUCUUCUACUUCGGCAUGCUGGCCGGCCUCUACCCCAUGACCUACGCUCUGCAGCGCUACCGCAUCGGCCUGACCCUGGGCGCCAUCGUCGUCGUCUGGGCCGCCGUCUGCGCCUCCACCGCCGCCGUCACCGACUACCGCGGCCUCUACGCCCAGCGCUUCUUCCUCGGUUUCGUCGAGUCCGUCGUCCCCACCGGCUUCAUGUGCAUCGUCUCCGGCUACUACACCCAGCGCGAGCAGAGCAUGCGCCAGAGCUGGUGGUUCUCCGCCACCGGCCUUUUUACUAUUAUCGGCGGCGCCCUCAACUACGCCUUCGCCCAGAUCGCCGCCGGCGCCCUCAAGCCGUGGCAGUACAUCUACCUCCUCGCCGGCUGUCUUACUUUCUUGUUCGGCGCUUUCUGUUUCGUCAUGCCCGAUUCCCCUGUCAGCGCCUGGUUCCUCACCCCGGACGAACGCUUCGCUGCCGUCGAGCGCCUUCGCUUGGGUCAGACCGGUGUGCGCUGUACCACGUUCAAGUCGUCGCAGCUCAAGGAAGCCAUUCUUGAUGUCAAAGUCUGGCUCGUGGCUCUUAUGAUGGCCUCGGCCUACACAAUGAACGGCGCCGUAUCCGGCUUCGGCCCCCUCAUCGUCUCCACCUUCGGCUGGUCCCCCCUCCACGCCAUCCUCUUCCAGUUCCCCCUCGGCGGCCUCUGCCUCAUCGCCAUCCUCGUCACCGGCUACCUGGGCACGACCCUCCACAACGCCCGCCUCAUCAUGCUGGCCCUCUGCUGCCUCCCCGUCAUCGCCGGCUGCGCCCUCAUCUGGAAGUCCGAGUGGUACCCGCGCGCCCCCGCCCCCGUGGUCGGCUACAGCAUCACCGGCUUCUUCGGCGCCGUCGUCUCCCUCGUCAUCUCCAUCGGCAUGUCCAACGUCGCCGGCCACACCAAGAAGAGCUUCAUGGCCGCCACCAUCUUCGUCGCCUACUGCGUCGGCAACAUCGUCGGCCCCUUGCUCGUCAACAGCGAGUCCCGCGACCGCCACUACCCGGAGCUCUGGACCAGCCUGAUUAUUUGCUACGUUAUUUGCAUUGCCGCCGCCGCCGCCCUGUACUGGGUCCUCUGGCGCGAGAACAAGAGGCGCGACCAGACGCCCGUUGACGAGGAGGAGCGCGCUAAGCUUGCGUUCAUGGACUUGACUGAUAAGGAGAAUCCUUAUUUCCGCUACGUGUUGUGA